AUGGACGCAAGCGAUCCAAGACUGCUUUACAUUUGGCCAACCAUUUCCGACGGCUCCGCCCAAGAUUUCACGACCACAUCUGUGUCUCGCAGACUUUUACAAGCGUCAAUGACUUGUCUCUUGCAGGACCAGUUCUUCAUCAGGCACAAAUUCAGCACAUUCGAGGCACUGCUGAUGCUUAUUUACAGCCUGUCGCAUAAUGAAUCCGUUGAUCAAGGAUGGGCAUUAUUAGGCAUGGCGUUAAAUAUGGGUAUUGCACUACGGUGCAACGCGGAAUUUCGGGGGAUGAACCCGAUAGAAACCCAGAGGAGACGGCGCUGCUGGGCUGGCCUGUUGACGCUGCAUACGUACCAAGGGAUCCUGUUCAGGGAUGUUGACAUGUCAUUUUUACUCGAUAUCAAGGCCACGAUGCCUGCUGAUGUCAAUGAUCUCGAUAUCACCGAAGGCGGUAUUGCUGUUUCGUUCAGCCAGCCCACACAAAUGUCGGUAAUGAUGGCCAAGAUUCGUCUCUUCCGGCUCUCUACUCAUAUUUGUCGCCAUAUUUCCGGUCCCAUACGGCUUGAUCAAAGCUCUUUGCAAAAGUUCAACUCGGCCAUUGCCGAGGAGCAAGCAAAAUGGGACUCCACUUAUAUGAUUGAUGGAUCUCCAAAUAUCCUGGAUCCAACUGCAUACGGAUAUUGGUGUGUCUUACAAAGCUAUGCGCAUCAUCUUUACCUACUUCUGCAUCGUCCGUUCCAUCACACGAAGUCGCCGUGUUUUCUUCCAGAAUCGAGAGAGAGAUGCCUCGGUUCUGCCAUGGCUUUGAUCUCAAUCCAUCAACAGAUCUAUGAAGCUCCAUUGCUCCGAAGCUUUGUUUGGCUAUUGAAUGGAGUGACGGGUCUGAAGGUACUUCAUGCCGCUGUGGCCCUCAACUCAUGUCUACUCGACAAGCCAUCGGGGGAUCUGGAGCCCUAUCAGAAGGCGAUACAAAGGCUGGCCCAGCGCAUGGAAAGUCUUUCCAGCCGAAGCGCAAUGUGCGCGAAGUCAUAUAGAAUACUUUGCCAUCUGCAGUAA